AUGACGGUAACAGAGGUUAUAUCAGGCUCGAUAGAAGUUACAAAAGGGCUGAAUGAUAUACAAUCUUCAAAGUUAGCUUUUGCAAAAGAAGCACUUACAGUAGCGACCAAAGUAGGGGAUGCAAUUACACCAUUUAUACCCUUAAUUGGAGCAGCGGCUACAGUUAUUACAGAAAUAAUUGAUAUAUAUCAUACAGCACAGUAUAAUAAAAAAAUUUGUAAUUCAAUAUUAGAUAGAGCAAGGUUAGCAGAAAUUGCGAUUGAUAACAUAAUUCGUAGGAGGAAAGAAAAUGAACAACUUUUUAAAAAUCAAGCGUGGUAUUACGCAUUCAAUAGAUUUGUUGAAGUUUUAAAUAAACUCAAGAAUUUUGCCGAGGAAAUUUCGCAAUUAAAAAGGAUUAAACAAUUUAUUAAGGCUAAAAAUAUUUCAGGAAGUUUUGUUGAACUCACAAAAGAAUAUGAUGAUGUAAUGAAAGACUUAAAUUUUACUAUGGCUAUUUCUAACGAACAACAACGACAGAUUGAUCAAAAAAGUUUAAAAGAUGAUCUGGUCGAGACCUCUAAGUUUCUCGAAAAAAUUGAUGUUGGUGUUGAAGAAAGUCAAGUCCAUCUAGUCCUCAUAUAUGAAGAAAUUGGAAAUUUGGUUAAUAUGGUAAAACGUUUAGAUCGCAAGUCACCCGAUGACAACAGUAUUCAAGUAAAAAAGAUAGGAUCAAGUCAAUUAAAAGAUCCGGAUGUAGGAAGAGAACGCGAUACACGCGGAAAUAAUUCACGUAAAGUAAAAAGACAAAUAUAUAUGAAUGCUAUUGAAGUAGCCCUUAAGCCUAUUAAAGUUCCUAAAGAUGCUAUGGAAAAACGUAAAUUUGAACGUCAGCUUGCUAUUCAAAUUAAAGCUUCUCAAUCACCAAAUGCUAUUCGAUUUUUUGGGCUUACAGAGAUUCUUAGUGAGACAUAUAUGAUUCUAGAAUGGGCCCAACUUGGAAGCUUAAAAGAAAUGUAUGAAAUAAAACAAAACAAAAUACCCUUGGAAUUGAAGUUAACUUAUGCACUUCAAAUUUGUCGAGGCAUCGCGUAUUUAAACGCAUCAGAUGUAUUUCACCAUGAUUUGAGAUGCAAAAACAUAAUGGUAACCGAAAACAACGUCGCAAAACUAGCAAACUUCAAAAUUUCACGUAAUAUAACUGAUACAACCACAACGAUUAACUCUUAUCUUGAAGGCGCUCGUUGGCUUGCUCCUGAAAAAUUAAAGGAACAAACGACCCCUUAUAAUCACAAAUGUGAAAUUUACAGUUUUGGAAUGCUUUUAUGGGAAUUAGCUUUUGAACAAAUGCCAUAUAAAGAUAUGGAAAUUCAUAUAGCUUCAGAUUUUGUGAUUAAUGGUGGUAGACCAAAAAUCAAUUUUAAUAAUGAACUUUUACCUGUACCUCCUGAAAUGCUCCAACUCCAAAAAGGUUAUGAAAAGAUCAUUAGAGAAGCCUGGAAUCAAGAUCCUGAUCUUCGUAUAACUAUUUCGAGGUUAUUGAUUGAUUUAGAUAGUUUGGUUUCAAAACAUACGAAGCCUGGCUGUUCUCCAAGUCUUCAACCUCAAAAUGGGUUAGAACUCGGUCUAUCUUUUGAAUUAGAAAGUUCAAGUAAUGAUGACGAAUUUCCUGAAUUUAGUUUUGAUGUGUUGGAAGAAAUCGAACCAUUAAUUCCAAUUAAUGAAGGUAUAAAAGCUCAUAGAGAAAAAGAUUAUCAAAAAGCAUGGAGAUGUGAGGCUUAUCUAAAAGGAAAAUUAGGUCUUGAGAAAGAUUUAAAAAACGCGAUUUAUUGUUUUAAAAGAUCUGCGUUACGUAGCAAUAAUAACGCUAAGAAAAAAUUACAAGAACUGAAAGAUCAAAAUAUAGAUAUAGAAGAUUAA